CUCGAUUGCCGAGAGACGUAAUAUGGGUCUUUCAUCCCAUCAACAUAUCUGUUCCGUAUAGUGGCAUCCAGCAGAUCGGAGUAGACGAUAAUCUCUCUCUCCCCCUUCCCCUUCCCGCCGAUAACGGCUGUCCAUUUUCUUAUCUUUGUAGCCACAUGCUUGCUAGAUAAACGAGCACGAUUGUCAGUACUCGAAUGUCAUACUCGACCAUCAUCUCUCCUUUGCUAUUCUCAAUAACUCACUCGGAGAGAUCUUCAUCAGCAAAGGAAUAACUAUCGAAAAGCGGGGGAAUUCUUCUUCUCCAUCCAUCGAUAAAAACUGCCAAGUCAGAGCGUAUCUCCUUCCCUAUCUGGUUUAGCGUCAACAUUUCCCCGGCCUUUUUGGAGGCUCAUCCUUCGCCUCUCUGCCUGUCCUUCAACAAUUUCCAUCUGGUCUGCUUCAAGCAAGGUACAUUUGUUUGGUGACUCGAACUAACGGUCAGUCGGCUUAUUCCCUGAAAGGUGCGACUGCCAGUCUAUUGGCUGGUGUUUCUCCAGGGUCCAUCUACUACCUAAUAUCCGGCUGGUGCACGUUGCCGGAAUAUACAUCUAUGCCCGCUUCACCUAACCAGGAUCAAUACUAGUUCCACGUACUAAAGAGAACAAACCAACAGCGGUCGUUUCAUAUAACUCUAGAUAGCCUAGAAUAACUAUCGUUCGUUACAAAUCUGCUCCUAACCCAUGACAGUAUCCAAUACUGCAAUCAUGGUGCAACAACCCUCUUCGGCUCAGACCCCGACGAGGCGGAGAUGCAGACGAGAAGGCGCCAAGUGGACACGGUCUGGCUGCUUGACAUGCAAGCGUCGUCGGAAGCGGUGUGAUGAAGCGAAGCCCUGCUGUCAUAGCUGCGCCAGGUUGGGCUUAAAAUGUGAGGGCUAUGGCUCAAUGUGGGCAGAGCCUUUAGAUCCAUCGGCAAAUGUCUUCAGUCAGUUCAGAGCAUCAAAACGGCGCAGAGUUAGCACAGCAUCUUCUUCAACGAGUUUCUCGCGUGGCCCGGAAGAAGAGCUCUGGCUGUGCCCGAGCUCCCCAGUAUCGAGCAGUCUAUCAACAGCGCCAACAACUCCGGCUGAUUCUGACAACAACAGUCUAUACUCUUGGAAUAAUGAAGACAAUGAAUAUGGAGACGUGCAGGUUACAAUACCUGACAUUGACGCCUGCGGUACACUCACCGUUGCUCCACCCAUACCAAGUAGGUACUUCAGUCAUCUGUCGCAUCACGAUACGCACUAUCUCCAGUAUCACACCGAGCUGGGCUCCAAGCUACUAGCCAACCUUGAGAGUAUUGACAACCCUCUUCGAUCGUUUCUUAUACCUCGAGCCCUAUCAUCGCCUCUCCUGAUGAAGGCCCUGUGUGCGGUAUCUGCAACGCAUUUUGCAAAUCGGUCCCGGGACAAACAGGAGGCCCAAACAGCCGCGACAGACUACUACGUUCGAACACUGAGUGGGCUGCAGUUGACAAUUGCUAAAUAUUCACCGCGGAGUCUUCCCGAUGAGGCUAUUCUAGCAGUGGCCAUGCUUUGCAAGUACGAGAUCGUACGCGGAAGUGUUCAGCAGUGGACCGUGCAUCUGAACGCCCUGCAAGAGCUCAUAAUGGCUCGGGGUGGAGUUGAUGCUCUAAACGAUGACAUGAGAGAAUUCUUAAGCGGCUUCUACGUCUACGCCUAUAACAUGGCUAGAAUUAACAACCGCAAACACAUCAACUAUGACCUUAACAUUGGCAAUGUCAAAAUCUCCAAGCUCGACAUCUACAUCGGCUACGCAGAAGACCUCAUCAAGAUCUGUGCCCGAAUAGCCGACCUCCCCACACUGUCCGAAGACCCUGUAGCUUUGGACCUAGAAGUCCACUCGAUAGACACAUCCCUCCGAGACUGGGCCCCCACCAACACCACAUACAUCAUCCCACGAGGCAUAACUGAAUCAAACCUCGUCCGUCUCCGCAUGGUAGCCAACUGCUUCCGCGACGCCGCAUACCUCUAUCUUCAUUCCACCCUGGAGAGACUGAACCAGGGAAUGGCGUCACCGCCAUCAUUACCACUUGCUACUCCGUUACCAUUGGCACUACAAGCGUCAUCCAAAUUAGUCCCAGCGCCAUCACCAUCCAUCUCCCUCCCCCGAUCAACCGCACUACACCAACUCCUAAGCAGAAUCAGGGCCUUCCCACUCGACGAACACUGUGAAUACUCUGCCCUUACAUUCCCACUCUUCAUCGCCGGCUGCGAGAGCAGGGAUCCUUCAGACCAGGAGCUCAUUAUACAGUCAUUGAAUAAGCUAGAGGCGAACUUUGGUAUCGGGAAUGUAAGAAGAGCAAAGGAGAUGUUGAGUAUCCUGUGGGCUGGAGAAGGGGAUGUGCAUUGGUUGGACAUGUUGGAGCGGUUACAGUGGGAUUUGAUUCUGGCUUAGAUACUAUAGAUACUAUAUAUAGACAAUUAAUGAAUUUGAUGUUGACCACCGAAAUACACUUCGGGUGCUACUGUAACCAGCCUUAGAAGUCGUCAACUACCACGCACUAUUCCGAGCAUUUAGCCUUCAAGUUCGAUCUUCUCUUGGGUAAACAAGGGUAUCUCCAUUUCGUCAAGGCGUU